UUUGAUUUUGAAAGAACACUUUUAGUCUAAUUUUCUCGAAACAAGAGAAUAGCAGCGGUAGUUUUUUCGGUCCAUGACAUUGUCACUGUCUUUUAAUUACAGCAACGUCAAUAAACGUCAAAGCAAACAAUGUUGAUAUUCUUUUCUCAAUAAUAUUUAUAUUUUAUCUUUAAAAUAAUGCUAGGUAAUCUCAAAGAUUUUAUUUCGGUCGUCCAAGAUGGUUUAACAUCGAACAACAACAUACGGCAAACGCUACAAGAAGUUCAGAAAGUAAAAAAUAUUUUCAAAGACAAGCAAAAAGUCGCACACGAAAGCAAAGUUAAUUAUGGUGCUGGUGGUGCAUUGCUGGACAAAUAUCAGGAAGAAUGGGCUAAAAUACACGAGAACGCCGAUACAAAUGCUAAAGCAGCUGAUGAGGUAGACAAAUUAAUACUAGAGUUACACGACGAGGCAAAAAAGCGUUUACAAAGUGCGAAUGAAUUGGCACAGAAUUUGUCUCUAAUCCCUACGUUGACUGCUUCUGUGGCGGAGUGUAUGGACAGCCUGAAGAAUGUGCAAGGAUUGUUGAAGACUGUGGAGGAUGAACUAGUGGAAUUCGAAGAUAUUGUGGAGAGAAGUAAGAUGGAAAACUGGAAAUUAGAUCAUCAUUAUCAUCUGACUAUGUACAAGGAGAAGAAGAUGGCUGCCUUAGAAGAAGUCCGUAAUAAACUGGCAAGGGAAAAUAGUCAGCGGAACUCGGAGAGGGAGAGGCAGCAACUAGCAGAGCUGCAGGCGAGGAGAGAACAGAGCUCCAAUGCAUUCCAACAAGAUGUCGCUAAGUACUUAGCUAGCGGAACUGUUACUAUCAGUCAGCCUUCAACACCAAAAAUAACUUUAGAACAAAUACAGUUAGAUGAUGACAACAGUGACCUGGAGAAAUUCCUCGACAGUUGAUGUGAACCACCUGCAGUGCUGGGACUAUGGUACGGUGAUAUCAGAGCUUGUACAAUUAAGACUAAUGCAUUCUAUUUUAUAUUCCAAAGUUAAUAUAAUAUUUGUUAAAUAUUUUACUAA